CGUCACAAACUGCAGCUUCCACUUACGUGACGAAUGGAGUCAAGAAAUCAGUAGGUGCGGCUGGAUUCAGCCCUCUCUCGCUACCAGGAGAUGCUCGACAUUGGGACAAAGGACGGUGGCAAUCCACGAUGUCUGGUCACCACGAGCACCGUCUCCAACUACAUCGACCAUGCCCGGCCCCCCACGAAAAAGCGACCGUUCACGACAAUACAGGGCCAAACAUUUUCUCACACACUGGACCUCGUGUUGCCGGAGCCAGCAGCCACGUCACUUCACGAUGCCUUGAAAGCUCUUUCUGCAACGCAGUUGACUUACGCCAAGGUGAACAUGAAAUUGCAUGAUCUGAUCUCUGGUGACUUCUUCAACACUUACAUCAAGCGGCCCGGCUCCAACAUCCUCAUGUUGUCUGAAGGACGUGCUGGAGUGGACAACAUCUAUUCGCUGAAGAAUGGGACCCUCAAAUUGGAACUCGACAAAGCCACAUUCGAGAAGUCGGGUUUACAGGGUCAAGCAAUUCCAACACAAGGACGCAAGCAUGUUCAAGCACGAUACGCCAUUGAGAUCGAUCUUCGACAAGCUAGCAUGGUCCACGGAAAGCGAGGUUUCGAGCGACUUGUCUGGCUAACAAAGAAUGUCCUCGACCAGGCUGUGGCUUGGCUUUUCGUUGACCUUGAAGUGGAUGGCGAAAAAGCCAUUGAAGGGCCUGUUGUCGCCUUUGCACCAAUUCUGCGCCGUACUGGGGCGGAUGUGAAAAAUAUUCAAGGCGCACUGGUCCCCACGUGGCCGACAGAACUGAGCAGUGAAAAUUAUGCGGACGCUGCAGAACUGUUGGAAUGGAUCAGCCUGGCAACGUUGCUAUCCUCACGCGUCAAGCACGGCGAUGACGUUGAUUCCUACUUGUGCAGAUAUCAGCCGCCUUCAGGCUCAGGCGAGGCGAAGGCGCAAGGUUUGGUGAGACUCAGGUGGCACGGACUGGUGGAUCCUACCUUCACGCAGAAGGUGUUGCUCUCCGCUCUCAAAAUCGUCGGAGACCAGUGGCUGGCAAUGACGGCAACAUCGUUCAAUGCUGAGGAAUAUACAAUCCUCAUUCACCGCGGUAUUUGCGUAACGUGGCAAUACCAAGGGUGAGAUGUCGGCCACUACUGCGAGCUUGGGUGCAUAAAGCAAGCAGUCACAAGCUGAAGCUAAAGCUAAAGCUGCUGCCGGUUCAGCAAGAGU